CUGCUGACCCUCUCAAAGUAAAGUUGUUGGAGUUGCAGAAAGUUCCACCAUUACUGCACCUUAAUCCUCAGCAAAAACCCUAAAAGAACCCCAAAAGCCAAAGCAAAAAGAAACCAGAGAAAGGGGAAUAAAACCCAUUUCUCGUUUCCAAAACCAUAGGCUAUGGCCUGACAAUUCAGCCUGCAAAAACCCAGUUUAAUUGAAAAUUUUGUUAGUUUGUAAUUCAGUAGAGGCCAUGGCCAUAGUUGACGCUAAAUCUCCUCCUAAUGGGGGUUCUUCUGCUUCGUCUGCUAAAGUAUGGACUCUUUGUAAAAUGCCCUUUUGGCAAACAGGGACCACUUCAUCUCAGAACGGUCAACAUACUCAGAACCACAAUCAUAGCCAUGGCCAAAACCAGGCUAAUACACAUGUAGAGAGUGGCUCGAACCCGCCUGCUCACACGGUUUCUUCAGUGGCGAGAUCCUUUCUUCCUACAAAGCGAAGGCUAAGGCUUGACCCUGCCAGCAAACUCUACUUCCCAUAUGAACCUGGCAAGCAAGUGAGGAGUGCUAUAAGGAUUAAAAAUGUCAGCAAAUCUCCUGUGGCGUUCAAGUUUCAAACUACUGCCCCAAAAAGCUGUUUUAUGCGCCCUCCUGGUGGUAUUCUUCCUCCUGGUGAAACCAUUAUUGCGACUGUUUUCAAGUUUGUUGAACCCCCGGAGAAUAAUGAGAAAGAGAGAGACCAGAAGAGCAAUGUGAAAUUUAAGAUUGUGAGUCUAAAAGUAAAGCCAGGAGUGGGCUUUGUGCCGGAACUGUUUGACGAGCAAAAAGAUCAGGUUGCAGUUGAACAGAUUCUUCGGGUUGUAUUCUUAGAUGUGGAUCGUUCUACCCCUGCACUGGAGAAAUUGAAAAGGCAGUUGGCUGAAGCUGAAGCUGCCCUAGAAGCACGCAAGAAACCUUCUGAAGAUACUGGGCCUCGUGUUGUUGGGGAGGGCCUUGUCAUUGAUGAAUGGAAAGAGCGGCGGGAGAGGUACCUUGCCCGGCAGCAGAUUGAUGGGGUUGAUUCAGUUUAAAGUAGUUCGCUUUGCUCUAUUUUGCAAUCCUCAAAAAAACUGGUUUGAUGUACUAUGAAAGAAAUAUGUGUAUCAUUCUAUACCUCCUGUCAUCAGUAGGUUGGGAGUUUCGCUGGCAAGAGAACAUGGGUGUUUUCUUAUGUUAUAUAAUGUGAUAUAGAGCUUAACGUUUUUUGGUUACUUGUUUCGGAUUAGUUUUCUCCCUGUAGAUAACGAGUUUCUGUGUUUAUGAAAUAAAGUUGCUAGUCUUAUCAUGGACCAUCAUAAA